UGCCUCCACCUCCCUCCCUGAUAGAAGAGAGAAAGAAGAAGAAGAUUCUAGAAGUCACCAGAGAGAUCACUGAGCUGCUGACAGGAGAGGUUCCUAUAAGGUGUCAGGGUGUCACUGUCUAUUUCUCCAUGGAGGAGUGGGAGUAUUUAGAAGGACACAAGGAUCUCUACAAGGACGUCAUGAUGGACAAUCAGCCGCCCCUCACAUCACCGGAUGGAUCCAGUCCAUGGGAACCCACCAGAGAGAUGUCCCCGUCCUCUGUAUAUCCCGGGAUUCCACACAGGAAGGUCACACCAUCCCUCACCAUCAUCAGAGUGGAAUCCUCGGGGAUGAUAAUAUUGAUGUUAAAGAAGAGUAUAAAGAGGAGGAUGAGGAGUAUGGAGUGAUGGAGGAGUUUUCAGAAGGACACAAGGAUAUGAUGGAGCCACCUAAUACCAGGAACCCACCAGAGAGAUGUCCCCCCCGUCCUCUGUAUUCCUGGGAUUCCACACAGGAAGGUCACACCAUCCCUCACUAUUACAAGAGUGGAGAUCCAAUCGAUAUAGAAUUUGAGGUGAAAGCAGAAGAAGAAGAGGCGUAUGUGAGGGAUGAUCAGCAGUCUAUGGAGGAGGAUGGAAUAACGGGGACAUUUAUAGAGGAGGACACUCCUACAGAGAUCAGCACAGUCCAUGGCCGGGAGAUGAGGAAAACCUCCGAGGAUUGUCUCACUUUGUCUCCAGACUGGAAAGUAGAAGAUGAGGACAUCACACAGUAUAGUCCAGGAGAAAACCCGGCUCCCUCCAAUGUCCAU